CCAUACGUGUUAUACUCCGUAUAAAACGGAAAAUGGCGGUCGAACCAAAUGCAAAGAAAAGAAAAUCUGAUGAUAACAAACAUUCUACAGAAAUUUUGUCAUUUGCAGGAUUUGAUUUUUGUAAAGUGCUGAAAAAUGACCUGAGAAGUAAAACUGCCUUCAUCCACUCCCAGUUUGAAGGAAAAGAUGCUGUGAUUUUGAUGGAGAAAACUGCAUUUGAUGCCAACAGUGUACAAGAAAUGCUAACAGAAAAAACAGAGUUAGUUGAAACUCUAAAGAAUGAUGUGUACAGCACAUACAAGACAUUUCCAGACAAAACAUUAAAUGGUAUGAAAACCACACUCAUUUACCCUGCUACAAAGCAACACAUCGCAAAAUAUUCUGAGCAGGAAUUUCACAUCGUUCAAGAGUCUGGGAAAGAUUACAAGAAAGUUACACUGCCAUAUGUAAAAAACAAAGCCCUCAGCAACCAGUGGGUUUACAACAUUUUGAACAAAGAGACGGAAGCGGACCGUAUAGUCUUUGAGGACACCUGUCCCGACUCUGGAUUUAUCCUGCUCCCAGACAUGAAGUGGGACAGAAAGGACAUGGAUGCGCUGUACCUUCAGGCCUUGGUCCACCGCCGGGACAUCCUCUCCCUCAGGGAUCUAGACCAAAGUCAUCUACCACUACUCAAGAACAUAUUGGAAAAGGGAUUGAGUGCAAUCAAGGAGAAGUAUGGAAUACCGGCCAAUAAAGUUCGGAGCUAUCUUCAUUAUCAGCCAUCGUAUUACCAUCUACACGUUCAUUUUGCCCACAUUAAGUUGGACAAUCCUGGGUUUGAAGCUGAUCGUGCUCACUUACUGACUGAUGUGAUUGAAAACAUUGAAAUGAAAUCGCUUUACUACAAGGAAAAAACUAUGGUUUUCAAAGUUAGAGAAGAUGACCAUUUAUACAAAGCUUUUUUAGAGCAUGGAUGUAUUCAGAAAUAAAGAGGGGAAAAUC